UGCGGCGAUGCUGCUGCUGCCAUUUGCACUGACUGCUGCGGCGGUCAUCCAUAACUCACACCGUGGCAGAAGCUUCCAUCACCACCACAUCGCCCCGGCCAGGAGAAGGACCAUGGCACAGCUGCACGAAACAGAAACCAGCAGAAGGAAAGGAGGAACGCCAUUGGCUGCAGCCGACAGUGCUGAGGACAACGCCAGAAAGGGAGGCUCGGCGUCCUCCUCUUUUCGUGGCUUCCUCGAUUGGGACUCCCGUCGGCUGGCUCCUUCGGGCAAUAAUACCUCAGCAUUCUCUCCAGCUUCAUUCCUCGGCGAGCUGAAGCGCCUCUUCAUUCGAGAUCCAAGCGCACCUCUGCCGCCAAUUUCAAUGCCACCGCACCUGGCUUUCGUCCAGAUGUCGUCGAAUGCAACACACUCUCCCGGUCAGCGUGUCCGCAGCACCGUCCGCAAUGGGCCAUCUAUGAGUCUGCCUGACAUGACUUUGGCCAGCGGUGGUCUCGAUGCCCAGCAGGUCACCAUGUUGGCCGACAAGGAAAGGCCCAUCAUGAUGACCAAUGCGAGCGUUCUUCCCGCGGGGCCGUUCGAUACGGCCAAGAACGGCAGCAGGGACAUGCAAGCAGCCUCACUUGGCGACCUGCUCGAGCGUGUCAGGGCGCCGUCUGCUCCAAAGAAGCCCUUUCAUGUGUCUGUCGCACAGAACAGCACUGAAGGAGGUGAGAUCAUCCAUCGCGGUGACAUAUCCCUCAAUUUUCUUCUCUUCAUAUAUGUGCAGAUCUGGCGAGUGAAGCGGACCAUCUAAUGGCAGUGUCGCAAACCGCCGCCAACAACAAAGCCAAAGCAAAGACUUUUCGUAAGCGCAUCCCCGCAUGCACAUGUGCAAGCACACAGACAUGGAAACGACUCUUGCUCACAGGUUUGGCUCCCGAGGAGACACCGGAGGUCGACACGUUCACGGGGGAUCUGGACGCAGGCCCAGUGUCGACAGGGCGUGGCAGCUUCAUCCAAAGAUUCCAAACUGACCGACAGGCCACUCGCAGAGGAACGAGAGACAUUAACGGUACGCAUCGGUCAUGCAUUGCUGGACGAUAUUGCCGGACUUGUUUGUCCGGUCAUCAGGCGGUGAUGACCCUUCAUGGGGCGAGGAGGUGCCCACGGGCGACAGGGGGGACGGAGGAGACAUGAUUCAGGACGACUCGCCUGCCACUCCGAUGUCCGACCCCUCUCGCUCUCUCUAUGACAUACGGCCGCCCAUGGCUCCUGUAGCCAGCCCGCCUAUCGGCUUCACAUCGAUGAGCGCAGCAGCAUACAGCGGCCGACCGGCUGCGCCGCUGGGCCCUGAAGACGCGGGGGACAUGCGGAUGCUGCUGAAGAACACAGCUGCACAAUACCAGAUGAAGGCGUCUCUCUAUAGGCCGCCUUCGCCGCUACAGACGGCGGUGGGGCCAAUGUACUCAGACGAGCCAGAAGGGUAUGCCAAUAAUGAGGCGGCAUACGGGCCAAUAGCGCCCCUGCAGAUGAGGCGGCCCGCGGCGCUGCCGAUGUUUCGAUACGGCGGCAGUAGUGGUCGGCAGCGCUGUGCUUUUCAUAUGUGUCGCUGUUUAACCCUCGUGCGUCUUUCUUGUCUUGGUCAGGUUACGGUGAAGGUGUGCCCGACAUGCAGGGAUUUGACGGUUUCAUAGAGAUGAGAGCCGAAAAGAGGAGACAGCGGAGAAGACGACGGACAAGGGCACACAGAUAAGGCGGGCAGAUGGAUGGAUGGACGGACGGAUGACACUUUGUGAAUGAGGGAUGGAUGGAAGAGCGCUUAGCUUGCUGGACCGCUUGAGAUGUAAUGGCGUGUCUCUCAGAGUGUCUCUCG